GAUUUUAUGUGAAUUUUUUUAAAAUAAUAGUUUUUUUCAUAUAAAUAAAUUAUAAAGAUAUCCAUUAAUGAUAAAAUAAUGGCGCAAAUAAAAUGUCCAAAAACUUUGAUACAAGUUUUUUCCGAAAAUUGGCUACCACAUUCAUGUCUAUUCGCUAACUGUCAUUCACGUGGUUUCAUAUCCGAAUCUGGUGUUGUUUUUAAUUUUGUGCAGCGUGUAUCCAAAUGUCAAGAUCCGUUGAGCCAUUUGGAAAUGAUCAAAGCUAGCCGUAAAUAUCGUUCGGUAAUACAUUCAUGGUAUCUCAAAAUUCUCGACGAUUUAGCCGCUCAGGAUGGACAAGUAAACGAUGAUUUGAUGCGACAAUCGAAAGUUUUACAUCAGAUGGAAAUUUCGUGGCAUUUGUGCGAAAUCCUCUACAUAAACGUUUCUAGUGCCGGAACAUUGUUAGUACAGUUAUUGAAUUGGAUCAAAUGGCAUUUUACCUACUAUGUAAAAUUGGCUGACGAAAUGAUUGUCGCCGAUCUGCCACAAAUGCAUGAAAACUAUUGGGAUAUUAUCAUGUUUUUUGCUUUACGGGGUGAUAUGGAAAAUGCGGCUCUAUUGCUCGAACUACAUUCCGAAUCAAAGACUGACCCAAUUUUUAUGGUCGUUCAAGAUUUAUUGAAAAAAUUCCCAAUGAUGAACGGCAGCAAUUCGUUUGUCAUACAUGAAUAUUAUCUUCGAUGGGGAUUCUGGCAUGAUAGCGUCAAAGAAGCAGCAGAAAAUCAAUCGACUAAAACAAGUCAGAAACGCUCGCAUCAACAGUUGCACUUAUUGCUCAGAUUAUUGUCCGGCGAUUUGGAAUCAUUUAAAUUAGUGAGCCAUCUUUUUCAUUCCUGGUACCAGAUGAUGGUCUCAUAUGCUCUAUUCACCGAUCCUUGCCUCAAAGGUGAUGUCGAUAUUCUAAUUGAAAAAACAAUGAACGCCUAUUAUGAAUCAUCAAAUGGUAUUGGAAAUUCGCCCACUUUGUUUGAUAAACUUAUUCUUUCUGCAUUCAACUACGAUCUUAUUGAUGUUAUCAAACAAAGUUCUUUAUGUUUCGAUGAUAAUUGGUGGUUUGUCACACAUUUUGUCGACCUAAUCUACAAUUCGGCUCGUUAUGCUGAUUAUCAAAUUACUGAUAUUAGUUUGAUAAGAGAUUCAUUUGUUGUAAAUUAUGCAAAUGCUUUAUUUUCUCAUAGUAGAAGAUUCUGGCAAUUGAGUAUCGAAUAUUUGAUUCAUGUUGGAAAAGAAACAGCAGAUUCGCAACAAUUCAUUUUGGCUUGCUUAGAACGGGUUCCAUUCGAUUCUGCAGAUGAAUUACAACGUUUGCUCACCACUUGUCGUCGUUUUGAUUUUAGCCAAUUAGAAUUAUCUCUCUGCCGACAACAAGCUCGAAAAUGGCUGCGAGGUUCGCAACGAAAACUAGGCUCAGCUCUUUUCUGGGCUAUCCGUGCUAAAGACAAGAUGCUAAUAAAUCAUAUUGUCGAUGAAAUUUUACAUCAAUACCUUGUUUCUGAUCAGAAUGUGGAUGCAGACAUCAUCACUAACAUUGGAGGAUCGAUCGUUUUAUCUGAGCGUCUGAUAUUUCUCUGCAAAUACCAUGAGUUCAGACAGCUCUGUCAAAAUGGUCAUUAUGAACCUGCAGCAAAAAUACUCGUCGACGAUAUGAUCACAUCGAAUGCGAUACCAGAUUUUUUUCAAACUAAAGUUAUAGAAGAUUGUCUUUCGUUGAUACAACCGCAGAAAUCAUCGAUUUCAAUGUCCAUGCCUGGACCAUUACAAUUGAAUAGCAAACAGAUCUGUAAGAUUAUCUCAUCUUUGGAACAGGUCUUAUAUCGUGCACGAUCUCGUUCGGAUCAUGAAAGCGACCAAUCUACAUCGACCUUGUUGUCGGAUUAUUUUCGCAACCAUGGCCAACAACAACAACAACAGGAUGCAGAGGAUGAUGAAUCCAAUCAACGACGUAUACAACGCAUUGAGAAGCAGCUUCGCGUGGCUGCUGCCUAUCAUCUAGCCAAUCAUUUUGUACUCUAAUCUUUGUAUUCAUUAUUUUCAUAAAAUACUACUAACAUUUAUUGUAUUAAAAAAUUCGUCCGGAUAUAUAAACCAAAA